AUGUCUUUCCUUCAUGGUGUUCUUGAGAGUGUGAAAAAUGAUGAUAACGUUGCAACAUAUGAUGUUAAAGACACUGAAAACAUUAAUAAAGUUAUUAGUGAUUUACAUGAUAAUGUAGGUAAAGGCCGUCAGGCCUUCCCGGCCGCCGUGUCUGAGGUAAGUGAGUGGUUGAAAAAACAUGGUGAGCAGGUGGACGAAAAAAUCAAGAAUGUGACUGAAGGAUUAUUCAUGCUUAGCGCCGAUAUAAACGGACAUUACAAAAAAGAUGUAUGUGAUAAAAAAUCUGACACCCUUCAAGCGCAGUUGAAGAAUUGGAAUGCUGUUACAGACAUCCUUGAAAAGGAGCUUCAACGUAUUGAAACUCAUAACGUUAAUGUCUUAGAUCCCGUGUUGCGUGAUAAAUUGAUGCAUAAGAUAGAGCCUGUGAAAAGCGCCGUGCAGGUGCUGAAGGGGUCGGCGGACAGCAAGGAGCUGGAGGGGCAGGUGAAAACUGUAGAUUAUAGCCUACACGUCCAGUUCUCUAAAAUGUAUAAUGCAUUAUAUGAUCUGAAUAACGCUAAAACACUGCAUUUUAGUGGUAUCACAGCGUCUUUGGAGACUGCGCAGAACUUCAUGAAUAAUGAGUUUGAUGGGAAAUCUAUAGAUGGUAUAACAUGGUGUUUCGGGCAAUUGAAGAAGGAAAUCAUCGAUGCUUACAAAAUAUUGUUCAACAAAAAGCAGGAGAUUGCUAGCUUAGUCAGCUUUGCUAAGACGGAAUUCGGGAUCUUGAAAGGAAAGGUUGGGGAGAACAAUGGGCAAAAGGAUGACAAUCUAAAUGGCAAUUGGAACACUCUCAAAAGUACCGUUACGGAAGCUCUUAAAAAGAUUAAUAAUGAUAAGGUACGAGAUCGUGGAGCGCUUCAGAAGAUUAUAGAGGGCAUGAAAACUUAUGGUUGGAAGUUCAAUAAAGAUACGUUUACCAAGAAGGUGGAGGAGUGGAUUAAAGACAUUUCGAUGAGUCAUGCUGUGGUUCAGCAUUGGCUUGGGGAGUACGUUGGGUAUAUUAAAAGCAAACUCAGUGAGAAUACUCUGGAUGGGAAAUUAAACGAAGGUAAUAAUGCAUUUGACGAACCAACAAUUAAACAGAUCGCAAGCGCAAUUGUGGAAAACAUUCAGCAACAAAUUGGCGACGCAUUCACAUCCAUCACAAACAUCAACCAAGAUGGCAUUGAAAAAAUUGGUCAGGUCAAAGAGGCCUGCGAAUCAUUUGCUGGAAAACUCAAUCAAAAAAUUAAGGAAGGGGAAGUUGAUGGAAGCCUUACGUUUGCAGCGGAUAUAGCCAAAGCCAUUGAGGCAAAGGUUUUGGGUAUUCAAGACUCCGACGAUGGCAAUUACUUUCUCCAAUUCGCAGUUAAAGCCCUGAUAUCUUCACUUUAUGGUAUGUCCCAGAAAUUCGCCUCUGAACUGCAGUCCUUCCUCACAACAUCUACCAUCAAAGUCAGUUUACAGGAAGCUAUAGCAAGUUCGAAUUCAAUCGAGACCGAAUUCAAAAACGGAAGUAAUGAUAGUCAUGGUCAGAAGAUCGAGGAGGCAUUUAAAAUCGUUGGGGCAAGAAUUAACUAUCUUAAUGAUUUGUUAGCACCGCAGGGAAAUAGCGGCAAAAUUCCACAGGCGGUUGAAAAACUUAGAGACAUUCUGACAAAGCUGGAGAAACUUCAAAAUGGCAAAGACAGUAAUGACAUAAGUUUCGAGAAAAUGAAAUGUGAGGCCUCAGAGCUUAUGAAUGACUUGAAAAGACAACUCAACGAGAAGCUUGAAUCGAUUCACUUUGCCACCAACUACGCCAAUACACAUAUCCAAGACGCUAUUAAUGCCCUCGAAUCUGUUACCAAAACAGCCCACGAAACCAUUACAAAAUCCGUCCGCUCCCUCUUCGCCGAGCAGCACGUCGCGGACCUGCAGGCGCUGCAUACGCUGGUUGAGCAAAAAUUGGCGGAGGUGAGAGGGAUUAUUAAACUGGACAAACAAAUUGGUGUUAAAGGUUUACUUAGGAAAAUGAACGGUAAUAAAGCAACGCUUGAAGAAAUCAAAACUCUUGUUUCUCCUGAGAAGCUGAGCAAGCCGCCAACCAAGGAGGAUUUCAAGACCAUGGUCUCCGAUCUCAAGGAUUUCCAAGACUCUCUCCUACAAUAUAUUCAGAACCAAGUAAGCAUUCAAAGUCCAGAUGUAUCUAGGCCGCCAGCACCAACAAAGGAGUCUCAAUUGGUACGAAGCGUUAACGUCCGACUGGACACUUUACUGGACUACCUAAUAAAAAUUAAUGUGGACGAAAAUAAUAAAUCUCCUGAUAAACGUAUAUAUGCUUUUGACCAUUAUUCUACUCGACACCUCACCGAAUUAAAUGAAUCCAUCUCCUCCCUCUCCCCCUCCAACUUUUACGACUUCCACAACCCGCUGCUCCUCGACGCACUCAGGCGCGGCAUGGAAAAAUUCACCGAGCAACUCUCACACGCGUACGUGAAUAAAUACAGUGGAUGUAAGCCUGUAACAGAGUGGGAAAAGGAAGAGACAAAAAUUGUUGAUGGCAAAGAACAGAAGUAUCAAGUCCUCUCCACCGAGGGCCGCAACUGCGCCAAGGUCUGCCUGACCAUACUGGAGGGGUUGAAUAGUCAUAUGAAACAUCUGUAUGGUAUUUGUAUUAAUGAAAAGGAAUGUAAAAAUAAAUAUGUUCGCUUGUAUGACCUUGAUAACACAAAAAACGAGAAAACUUCAAAUCCCCUCGGAGACUGGUUCCAGCGUCGUGGCUUCCGGGUAUCGGUACAUGAGAACACACAAAACGGGGAGUUGAAGAGGGACAUGAAGGGUGAAAAAAUUAAUAGUGAUCUUGUCAUCAAGAAACUUGAGGAAGCUUCCAAAAUUAAAAUGCUAAGGGAGUGGAAGGGCAAGAGAAAUAAGGUUCCUAGUGAGAAGUGGGGUGAUGUUCCAAUUAAUCUCCACAACAUCGUUUACUUCCUUCACUUUGAAAAUGUAUAUAACUACUACAAAGUCUGCCACUACAUUAUCCCUGAGAAACGAAAAGCGCCGACCACGGUCCACCAUAUGCUCCAAUGGAUUUCCGGUCUUAUGUACAAUCACAUGUUUGAUAAAGUUCGUGACUACGUUAAGGAAUUGUUUGAGAAGCCUAAAGAGCUCAAAGACAAGAAGUAUUCUGAAUUCAAGCACACCGAACUUACACUCGACUCCACUUACAAAGAGUUCUCCGCUAAGACCCUAUGGGAUAGAAUCCCACAUAUUUGUUUACACUCCCAGGACACUCUAGUAGCCAUCCUUGGCAAUGGUCACGAAGGUGGCCGUUAUGCCGUCGACUUUUACACGAACGAAGAAAAACUCGACUAUCCCACUAAUCCUGGUAAAUGUUUUGAUUUACUCUUAGAACUAACUUUUAGAGUGUUUCAUCAAUCCCGCUUCUUGUAUGAGCAGUGUUGUAACCCAACUACAUUAAGCGGUUGGAGAGACUGUUAUUACGGCCAGAGUGUCGCCGGGUCAAACUGGCAGUGCAAUGAGCUCCAAUGUCCUAACCAAGACUGCGACCAAAAGCACAACCAAGCGUGUGACCAAAAGGCCAACCAAACGUGUGACCAACAUCCCAAGUACGGCCUCAAAUCACCACUCCAAUCCUUCCUAGAGGAUGGGCUGCAAGGCUUCCUGCCGCAUCCUUAUAAUAAGCCUGAUUGCAAAAUGAGUUGCUCUCUUUCCAACCAUCGCGGCAUUCCAUGUAAGACCCCUAUGGGAUUCUCGGACAUCAGUGUUAGAGCCUCUCAUAUUAAAAAGGGGUCUCAUCUUGCCGAGGUUCUGGAAAAUUUGUGCGGUCCAGCAUCUCACCUCCGUCAGCUGUGUAGCAUGUUCAACUGCCUCCUUCGGCGCCCACCUCAGACGCUGGGUGAUAUGUUUGCCUUUUACCAUAGAUUCCUCAAUCAGUGGAUCGGGUACGCUCACCAUAAAAAAUAUGCAUUUGAAAAGGCCGUCAGAGAUGCUAACUUCGGACAGGACUCCACUAAGUUAGACCCGACUGCCAUCUUCGGUAGCAGUGAUCAUAGAUUCGGCAAGCAUCUUGCCGGUGACUUGUUCAGCCUUGUUAGUUGCACCAAUAAUGGCAAUGCAGCGCACCCCUGCGGUGAAUAUCUAAAAUCAUUAGACGAUGAAGCUCGUAUUAUAUAUUCCAAAGAAAACGCCGACAAAUAUCUUUCCUGGAUUGUGUACAUAACUGAAUCAUUCUAUGACUUACUCAAAAAUUUGUUCGAAGAAUGUAACGGUAGUUGCGGCGGCGAAAAACCCAAAUGCCGUGUUGCUAAAUGUCCGACAGCCUGUACUGUCGGUAAGGAGAGUUCUACUUCCAAUCAUGAUGCCACUUGUAACUCCAUUGUUCAGUGCCCAUCCACACUUCCCACGUUAUGCAAAUAUGGUUUCUAUUUCGGAAAUAUUCCCAUUCAUGACAUUGUUGUUAGCCCUCUGGUCGCUCUCGCUCCUGUACCUGCUGCACAUCACCGUCGUCCGCCUCGACGUCCUGAGGAUUCGCUCCCACCUGAGAUCACCCUCAAGCCACAGGAUCGCCGCGCAGUCCCUCCUCGCCGCCGCACGCGUCAGGGCACUCGCCAACGUCAAGUACUUCUCGCCGUAAUCGUGCCUUCACGUGUGAUCUGUGUAUCACUCACCCACUCGACCACUCACAUACUCACUCACCUAACCACUCACCCACUCAACCACCCACUCAACCACCCACUCACCCACUCAACCACCCACUCACCCACUCACUCACCCACUCAACCACCCAACCACUCAACCACCCACUCACCCACUCACUCACCCACCCACUCACCCACCCACUCACCUACUCACUCACCCACUCACCCACUCACUCACCCACUCAACCACUCACUCACCAACUCACUCAACCACUCAACCACUCACCCAACCACCCACUCACUCCCCAUCUACCACUCACUCACCUCACUACUACUCACUCACUCACGCAUCACCCAACUUCCACUCAACCAUCCAUCUCCCACUUUAUCUCCUUCAUCAUUGUUCUGUCCUCCUCUAUCUCCUCCUCCGUCGGCGUCCUUCACCCAAAUCCUCAUUUUCCACUUUCUCCCUCCACCUCCGAAACCGCCUUACCUCAACCCAUCUUCCCCCUUCAUCGCCCUCCUUGCCCCUUCACCUCCCUCGCUGCCUCACUGCCUCCUCGGCCUAAAAUCGUCUUUCCCCAAACUCCCCCAAAUCGCCCUGAAAAUGUGCCAUUUCACCUCCUCUAAUUGCCCUUUAACUCUUUUUCCGCUUUCUUUUCUCACCUCUUUUGCCCUCCCUCCUUGGCCUCCUUCGUUGGCCUCCAUCGACUGGUUGAUCCAGGUUAAGCAUGGGAAUGGUGGUGAUGGUAAAGGGCUUGAGGAGUUGGCCAAAGCUUUGAAAAAGUUGAUUGGUGAUGCAAUUAAAAAGGCUGAUGAUAGUCUUAAAGAAAAAGAAGAUGAACUUAAAUGCUCUGAAAGUCCCGAUCAUCCUCAUUGUAAGACACUUAAAGACAAAAUUGCUAAAGCCAAUGGUGAUGAAAAAUCUAAGUUACAAUCCCAGUAUAAUGGCCAUUACUCCGAAGUACAUGGCUCUGAGUCUAAGAGAAAGAGUGCUGAGAAGGAUCUUGCUGAGCGGCGCAUCUCUUUGGGUAACCUUGCUGGACAGCUUAUGGGUUUAAUUGGUGGUGGAGAGGAAGUUACUCAGGCAAUUAAAAAUGCAAUUGGCGUCAUUACAAAAGAAAUAGAUGAGUGUAAUGAGUGUCAACAACUUAAGAAAAAAAUUCCGGAAAAUCUUAAGCCUUGCCACUGUCCUGAACACGACAAAAUAAAUGAUCUUCAGAAGAAACAAGGGGAAAUUGCCAAGCAAAAUGAAAAUCCUAAAAAGCUAUUAGAUAACCUCUGUCUCGGUUUAGAAAAGUUUUUAGGAUUCAACCCUGACUCCAAAGGCUACGACGGCACUGGCAUCGUGUACUCGGACCUCGACAGGCUGUGCGACGGAGUGAUGUCUUUCCUUCAUGGAGUUCUUGACACUUUGAAAAAUGAUGAAAGUGUUACAACGUAUGAUAAUGAUAAUAAUCCUAAUAUUACUUCAGUUAUUAACUCUCUUAACACUAAUGUAGGUAAAGGCGGUCAGGCCUUCCAGGCCGCCGUGACUGAGGUAAGUGAGUGGUUGAAUAGACAUGGUGCGCAGGUUAGCAUCAAGACGGACGCAACUGCAGGAGCACUUUAUACCCUUAGCAAAGACAUAGCAAACACUCAUACUAAUAAUGUACACAACAGUAGGGAUCAGACCCUUGUAAAGCAGUUGGCCACUUGGCGGUCGACGAUUGAUAGCCUCGAAACAGAGGUAAAACUCAUUGAUACUAAUAAUAUUAGUCAGUUAGAUAAUGCGCUUAAACGUAGAAUAGAUAGUGAGAUAAAGCCUAUAAAGGCUGCUGUAAAGAUGCUGACUGACAGUGCUGACGUGCAGGCGUUUAGAGAGCAGGUGGAAAAGGUGGACCAGACCUUAAAGGAACAGGAGAAAAGCGUGACAAAAAGGAUUGAAGUGGAAUGCGAAACGUUGCGUAAAGCCUUAGGGUCAGAGUUUAUGAAUAUAUGGAAAAAAAUUAGUAGUUUGACUGAGACUAAGAAAAAUCAAUUUAACGCAGUGAAACAUGCCGUCUUUUUGGCCAAGCAGGAUGUAAAUAAUUUGCUCCAAGAGUUUUACAACACGUACCAGAAUAAAAUUGAAGACAUGUUUAAAGAUUUGAUAACGGCGAUGGAUAAGAUUGAUAAGGAGAAGGGUGAGGGAGGAAAAUCCAAGCUUCAGAAUGAAUUCAAGAAGGUGACUGAUGCGGUUAAUAAGAUUGAAGCGAUUUAUAAGGGGAGGCUGGAAACGCUUAAAGAAAAGGUUGUUGCGGCUGUUGGUAAGGAUGAAAACCAUGGUGUUUUGGGCCACCUUGCGACUGUCGAUAACAAAGUGAAGGAUGGGUUAUGGAAAGUGAGGAAAGAUAUAAAGACAAAGUUGGAAGCCUUUGUUGAGGACGUGAAAAGUGCGUUGGAAGCAGCAAUUAUUGGAGCCCAAGGGUGGAAUUGGGGUAGCGGCGGUGCAACCGCAAUUACUGGUCUUGCUAGCCGUUUGAGUGGAAAUUUGAAAGAAUUCGGAACAAAACUCAGUAAUGUAGCUCAGAAUAACAGGGAACUUUCGCAAAAAAUUGACACCAUAUUAUAUGAUAUUCGACUGGCAAAAGGCAUGGGUGGCAAUCCACCGGGCGCCGAACUCUUCCAGCAACUUGGAACCUCACUGAAUGAGGCCAUGGAAGCGCAGCUUAAGAAUGUUAUAUCGGGGAAGGAGCAAUCAUAUACAGAAUUACGAUUCAUCAAACAAGCAACGCAUGAUCAAAAUGAGCUCAUGAAGGAAUAUAUGGCGCAGACGGAAAAGGAUGCUAGUGAUCCUAACACGCUCAGAGCCAAGAUUGAAAAAAUUAAGGAGAACCUUAAGACUGACGGAUUCGACGCAGCAGACGAACCAGCAACCUUUACUGCUUCUAAAAUGGCUGGUUACGAUGCGGACGAUGCCAGACGUAAGUACGAAACGGCUAAUCAAGCAAUAAGUCCUACUAUUAUUGGCGAACUUGAAGCCCUUCCCCAGCAAGUUGAAGCAAAGAGGCAGGAAGCGUUGGAGAAAAUGCAGAAGCUUGAAAAGGUUGUUGUAGACAUUCGAAGAAAGCUUGAUGGUGCUGAUACGGAAAUCGUUAAUGCAGAAACAGAAAUGGAUAAAGCCAUUGAAGCCCUCGGGACAACUGCCGUUGAGGCUCAAAGGGAUAUUGAAAAGGCCCUUUAUACUGCUAGGGAUCAGCUCAUUCUGAAAGCCCGAUCAGCGUUCCAGGCAGUAACUAAGGAGGUGCAGAAAAUGUUCGCUGACGGCCAUAAGGCCGACUUGGAAGGGCUAAAAAAAUUGGUCGAGGAGCAAAAAACCGCAAUCUCAAAACUGAUUAACAAUGAUUUAGAGAACGGAAUGAAAGGUAUGUUAGGGAAGUUGCGAACUGAAUUCAUAACAAGGGUUGAAGAAAUUAAAAGCAUUAAUUACGCUCCCAAAACCAACCCCCAGUCUAAGUCCGAAUCUCCAGUUUCUCAAGCUGCCAAAAAAGUACAAGAUGGUUUCAAGAAUUUUACAAAUGCAUUGGCAUUGCAAGAUGAGAUGUUGGAAACUGAGUGUAAUUUCGGUGACGUGGUAGCGUCGCUUGAUUCUCUGCUUCAGCAACUCAUAUUGUCUCAACACUUCGACCAUGACGUGACUUCAAAACGCGAAGCAUUUGAGGAUACACUCCGCGUCUUCAAUCCAGAGGCCUGCAAAGACGCGCUGAAAGCUCUAUUAAUUCCAUUGAAAGCGGGCCUUGCAGAUUUGGUUGACGAGUUUACGUAUGCGUAUGUUAAUUACUAUUCUGGUAACAUAAUUGAGUGGACCAGUGGCAAUAACGCAGAAGACAUAACCAGUGAAGCUAUGAAAUGCGCCAGCAUUCUCUGCACCAUGCUACAGAUGCUCCAUGACGAUCUGAAUGAGCUUAAAACGAACUGCUCAAAAACAUGGAGCAAAUGUAGAAUGCAUUUGGGUAACAAAAAUCCACUUGGCCUGUUCCUCCAGUCACACGGUUAUAACCUCCCCACUGCUGAGAACCUCCAGGACGGUGAAUUAAAAAACCGUGGUGGUAUACAGGGGUAUGUACUUUUCGAUGGCGUUGGACAGAUCUUCAGUGCAGAUGGCAACGGCAGCCUAAAAACCCUUGUAGACCACCUAGCCACCUACUACCAAACAUGCCACCUUCAACUUACCCAAUCCCACAAAUACCCUUGCAAUGUGCGUGACAUGUUGUCUUGGCUAUGCGGCCUUCCUCACACAGCUGUUUACCGUAAGGUUGAGAACCAUUGUACCAAGCUGCUCAACGAGGAAGUCAAAGAGCCAGGCAAAAUCACUAACAAAGACGAUCCCACAAUCAGUAAAAUUCUUAAAGGAGACUUGCACAGAAACCUAUCAUCAACUUGCAAAAUAUCACUUGAUAUUCUCACUACGAUCUGUGGUAACGGCCACGGUGCGCCAAAUUCAGCGUAUCCUUAUGCUUGUCAUUUUGUAGACAACAGUAAAGGGUUCUACUACCCUGCGGACGUUAAUAGUCUGUUCGGUAUCCUUGGCGAAAUUUGUAAACGUCUAUUGUCAUCACUUUACUUCAUAUAUAUGCAGUGUCGAUACAGUGCUGCGGAAGGCAACGGCUGGCGCGAUUGUGCAUAUGGCAGAGGAGUACAGGGCUAUCGGUGGGAUUGCAAUGAUCAUUCUGCAUCGGACCUUCCGAAAUCCCCUCUUCAGGCUCAUCUAAUGGAUGGCCUGCCAGGCUUUACACCGCAUAUCUUGAAGUCCGUCGGUUGCACAUCCAUAUGCUUGACGUGCCCUACCAAUUCACCUGGUAUGCCAUGUAAGACGCCCAUGGGCUUUGGGGAUUUGACUUAUGCCGCCUCCAUGUUUGGUCAGGGGCAUAGACUAUAUGAUGUGCUAUCUGGGUUUUGCAAAAACGCGGACUCUCCACUUUGUGCCUUGCUCCAUGCUCUUAAGACACUAAACCCCUCACCGCCUAGGAGCCUCUCUGAGAUGUUCUCGUUUUACUGUCAUGUAUUUCAAUUCUGGGUAUCAAAAUCUUCCGCAUACACAUCGCAUCAUAAUCUUAUUGAUUACAUGACAAGUACAACUAUUCCAAAGUGCUUACCACUCUUGCCUGCGCUUCACAACUAUUUUGAUGCAUCCCGAAUCACCAACGCACUCACUAAAUUACACCAUUCCUCUGAGAAAUACAGCACCGUUCAUCUGGACAUUAGCAGGGCUCUGGUCGCUGUCGCUCCUGUACCUGCUGCACAUCGCCGUCGUCCGCCUCGACGUCCUGAGGAUACGCUCCCACCUGCGCUCGCCCUCAAGCCACCGCAUCGCCGCCCAGUCCCUCCUCGCCGCCGCGCGCGUCAAGGCACUCGCCAGCGUCAAGUACUUCUCACCAUAAUCGUGCUCUUCACGUGA